UAUCACACAGCCCGACCUCACUGAGGCAGAUACUUAUAACGAGGUAACCAGUGCCAAUUUGGAUGCAACCGGGACGACAAACUGAAUCCUGCCUGGAUUCAAAAUGAGGAGUCCUGAAGUGGCAAUAAUGCCGCUGCGCUGCGUGUACAGUAACGAACAGCUGAUCGACUGUGCUGUGAAUAAUGUCUGAAGGUGCUUGAGUCCGUCUGCAGUUCUUCUGUCUGGGAAAGUUGCGUGUCGGUUGUUUGGGUCUGAGACAAGAUGCAUCUGUUUCGGAGUUACAAUUACCAAGUGUUCCCGGAUCGCUACUCAGGGGAAACAACGACCAUAAGGGGCAUCAGCUGGACUCCACUGCCAGAGGCCCUGAAUUCAAAGGACACCAUGAAGCAGUUUCUUUCAGAUCGUGUUGUGAAAGCAGCGAGGUCAGUGUACAGCUUUAUGAUCGCAAAGAACCCUGAAAUGAUCCGAGACCGAAAGUAUCACCUCAAAUCAUACAGACAAUGUUGUUCUGGUAAGGAGCUUGUUGAUUGGCUGAUGAAACAAAAUGAAUGUCUUCAAUCAAGAAGCCAGGCUGUUGGGAUGUGGCAGGUGUUAGUGGAUGAAGGAAUCCUUGUUCAUGUGAAACAUGAGUUGAACUUUCACGACAAGGACACCCAGUUCUAUCGCUUCCAGGACUCUGAACUCAGCCUGAACCAUGUGACAAAUGAGAAAGACUCAGAAGACGAGCUGCAGGAAAGUCUGUCGCUGCUGUCUCAGCUGGGUCCCGACGCUUUGCUCACUAUGAUUCUGCGGAAAUGCCCCAGUCAGAGGAGUGCUGAGGACUUUGAGGUCAUCUAUGAGGAACUGCUCCAUGUCAAGGCUGCCGCUCAUCUCUCCACCUCUGUGCGGAAGGAGCUGGCAGCUGUGUUGGUCUUUGAAUCACAUGCCAAGGCUGGAACAGUCUUGUUCAGUCAGGGGGACAAAGGCACUUCCUGGUACAUCAUCUGGAAAGGCUCUGUAAAUGUGAUCACACAUGGAAAGGGCCUGGUAACUACGCUACAUGAAGGUGAGGACUUUGGGCAGCUGGCACUGCUGAACGAUGCACCUCGUGCCGCCACCAUCAUCUUGAGAGAAGAUAACUGUCAUUUCCUCCGUGUUGAUAAACAGGACUUCAUACGCAUUCUCAAGGAUGUGGAGGCUAAUACGGUGCGACUGGAGGAGCACGGGAAAACUGUGCUGGUGCUGGAAAAGAGUGCCGACUCGGCAGAGCAGGGAGGAGCAGGGAACAACAGCAAGUACACAGUAAUGUCAGGAACACCUGAGAAAAUACUGGAACACCUACUGGAAACAGUAAAGCUGGACUCUAAUGGAAAUGAUGCUAUGGCUCCCUGUAUGAGUGACUUUCUGCUCACCUACAAAGUCUUCAUGCCCUCCAGUCAACUGUGUUCUGCUCUACAGCACCACUAUUGGGCAGAGCUUUCUGAGGGCUCAGAUCAGGAGAAACUUGUCUACGCUCUCAACACCAAGCAGAAGGUAGUGAAGGUGAUUGGCCAGUGGGUGGCUCUGUGUGGCCAUCUGCUGAAAGAAGACCCCAUUGCUUUCGACUUUCUUGAGAAGCUGAAGAAGGAGGUUGCGGGUGAUUUCCGUCUGUGCGGAGUGCUGAAAGAACAUCUUAGGGACAGGAGGAGAACAAAAGUUUUGGAGAAUGGAUAUCAGUCCCUGAGCAGGAAUCAGCAGUUUGACUGGUUUUCUAACUGUGAGGAGCCAGUGGGGAGGUUACAGCCAAUCAGAGCACAAGAUAAAGUGUUGUAUGAGAUCUACAGACCAGACAGCAAACCACUCACCCUGAUGCUCCCAGUCAACACAUCUGUGCAGGAUGUGAUGUCAGCAAUAGUCAAACCUGGCGGGGAUCACGUCCUGGUCAAAAUGAACUCUACAGGAGAAAGAGCUCAGUUAAAGCUGGAUGCGACUGCAGUAUACACUGCCAUGGGACUCAAUGAGAGACUGUUCAUCUGCACAAGCAGCCAAGUGGAACAACUGACGCCCCUGAAGGAGCAGCAGGGCCCAGAGCGAGGAACAACUGACAUCCUUGAACAAAUGGGCUCUAAAGACAUCGCCAUUGAACUCGCCAACUAUGACUGGGAACUGUUCACUGCAAUGCAUGAGGCAGAGCUCAUCUACUACAUAUUCGGCCGUCAUAAAUUUCCAGGUACUAUCACAGCUAACCUGGAACGGUUUGUGCGCCGCUUCAAUGAGGUGCAGUACUGGGUGGUGACUGAGAUGUGUCUCUGCGAAGAUCUGGUGAAACGAGCCAUUCUGCUCAAGAAGUUCAUCAAGAUUGCUGCAGUAUUAAAGGAGCAAAAGAAUCUCAAUUCAUUCUUCGCUGUGAUGUUUGGAUUGAGCAACAGUGCAGUACAAAGGCUCUACAAGACCUGGGAGAGAAUACCCAGCAAAACAAAAAGAGUUUACUGUGCAUAUGAGAGAUUGAUGGAUCCUUCCCGCAACCACAGGGCCUACAGAUUGGCUGUGGCCAAACUCAGUCCUCCAUACAUCCCCUUCAUGCCACUGCUGCUCAAAGACAUGACAUUCAUCCAUGAGGGAAACCCAAACUAUGUAGACAAAUUGGUCAAUUUUGAGAAGAUGCGCAUGAUUGCCAAGACAGUGAAGAUUGUAAGAGGAUGCAGAAGCCAGCCUUACGUGCCUUCAUCUCCACAGAGGGGCCUGGCAGAUCGGAUGUUUCUGGAAGGUCCUGCUACUCGCAUAUCUACAUACUCAGACCACGCCCUGCCUUUGCGUAAUCCCAGCAACAUCCGACACUACAUUCAGAACCUAAAGGUGAUCGACAACCAGCGCAAGCUAACACAGCUAUCAAGAACAACAGAAUGCUAGGACAUCAACCUGCAAAUGUACAAAGACUGUAGAACUGUAGCAAAACAUCUGAACUGGAGAGUGGAUUGUAGCAGGAUGAGCAAAACUUCCACACUCAUCUAAAUAUGAUGGACCUCUGGAGGUGUUGCUUGAGUGACUGAGCGCCAUAGAUAUUCAGUCUCAUCAAAGGAGGCUUGGACAUUCAUGGAGAGACUUCCUGCACGGCGAUGAGGGAGAAGAUAAGCAGUUUGCACAGUGAUGACGUCUAAUACUGAACCACAGAGUCCAGUUCUGUGUCCAUGAGACUUUAGGGGGAUGCUUUUUAUCCAGAAAGCCUUACAACACACUGGUGUGCAUACAUUUUGGUGUGUGUGUGUCACAGUUGGAACUGAUCCAGUGGUAAUGCCACACAAUAAGCCACACAAUGUUACAACAUGUACAGUUAAGCAAAAUAUGCAUGUGUCUUGUGUCAAAAGUCAUUUAUGUGACAUUUUAUAUACUGCUGUCUGUGGAAUUGAAUAACGUUGAUGGUUUCACAAAGGGCCAUAAGAACACAGAUCUUUGCCAUAGCCAAUCACUUUAGGUCAGUUGUUGUUGUGCACUAGUAUUUUAAAACAAGGCCACUG